CCUUAGCCAUACACUGUCUGUCAACAUGAGGCCCAGCAGCAUCUUGGUCCUGGCGGUUUUCCUUGUCCUCGGGGUGCUGGUUGUAGAGGUGGCGCUCAGAGGAGUUCCUUUUAAAGGCCCAGAAGCUGACAGAGGUCAUGGUAUGCUCAAAGGACAAGGUCCGCCUAGAGGUCAACAUCCAGUCAGAGGGCCUGGCCAAGGUGCACAAAGAGGGCCCAUUAAGCCUGGCUCCUGCCCCCGAGUUCUGAUCAAAUGUGCCAUGAUGAACCCCCCUAACGCCUGUAUGAGGGACGCCGAGUGCAGGGGGUCCAAGAAGUGCUGCAUGGGCUCUUGCGGGAUGACCUGUUUGAACCCCCGGUGAGGAGGAGCCCAUCCUCGAAGCAACUGUGAAUGUCCCCGGGCUGCAGUCCCUGGUCCCCAGCGCAUUGGAACCCCUUUCCCACACUGUUCAUUCUCUCAUCGAGAUCCCCACGCCUGGGCUGCUUCUCUCGUUGACUUUCUAAUAAAAGACUGCUUUCUGCUCA